CGAUCCAGGCAAUGCAACGUGGACGCGAUCAGUCAGCUGACAAACGCGGAAGUGAUAAAGCAGUAGAAGCAUGGCCAUGUCCAGUGAACACUGAGAAAUUAAAGGCUUCUCGUUGCUUCUCGUCCCAGUAACACAACAUGGUCCGGUGUUUCCUGAUCCACACCGUCUGCCCGGUCGGUGCUGUCGGUGCCGGGGACAGUCGGGUUCUUUACUCCCGGGUGUUCGGACCUGACGAGGGCAUGAUGUCCGAGCUGAGCCCGGAGGAGAAGAGACUCCUGCAGAAGGAGAAGACAGCUGUGGUUGCAAGACAGGUCCGCAGCGCCGUCUCUCUGUCCCGGGAGGCUUCGGGCCAGCCAUUGGUGGAGAUGGUGCCCGGCGAGGAGGCGCUGGCCCUGCAGGAGGCCGACAGCGGGGUGGUGCGUCUGAGAGCAGGAGACCCCUUCUCUGAGGAGAUGAGCGCCCUGUGGCUCGGGGUCCAGAGUCUGGGCUUCGUCCUCGUCUGCGAGCCCCACGAGAACCUCCUUCUGGCUGAGGGGACCCUCCGCAACCUGACCCGACACUGCCUGGACCACCUGCACAUGCUCGGGCCGGGCAGCGAGGUCCUGCUGAGGAGCAACCGUAUCGACGCCCUGCUCAGCCGCCUGCUCCCUCACGGCCAGCUCCUCUUCCUCAACCACCGCUUCGCCCAGAGUCUGGAGAAGGAGGUGGCAGCUUACAUGGCCAAGUGAACCAGAGCAGCGGCACAAUCGACUCCUCCCGGCUCCCAGCUAGCUCCCAUCCUUCAAAACAAACAGGCUGGUGAACGGACGGGUGGCAGCAGCUGCCGUUUCAGAUUGCGGGAGGUGGUAAACACGUCGAGUGGUAAAUAUCUCCCUCAGCCACUCGCAGCCUCCGCUGGUGACUGUUUACUGUGUGGGAGGCUUCAGUUCAAAUCCUGUUUGUCAAUUUGAAGAGUGGAAAGAAAAAAUGUGGCAGAUUUCAGGAGUGCAGCUGAAAAGGCCGUCGAACAAAAAAAAAAAAGCCACUCGACGACAUCAGAGACGACUAUUUAUCUGAUUCACCGUCCUCGAAAUGUCAUCGUGUGACCUUGAGGAGUCACUCGACCUUAUUUUUUUUGUAAGACUCCCGGGAGUUUAAACGAAUCUCACAGUGCUUUAUCGCCUCGACGUGGCGUCUAAUGCACCUUUUGUUCCUGAAGAGUAGGAGGACACCAGGGUGGGAUGUGUCUUUUUUUAUUUGUGUGUUUGUGUGUGUGUGUGUGCUGCACAAAGUAUGAUUCAUCUUAUCAUCACAAAUGGAGCAAAGAAAAGAUCAGAGUCAGAGCCGUUUAAUGUCAUUUUGAACCAAAAAUGUCACGAUUAUUGAGACAUCGAGGAACAAAGAUAGCAGACACAAAACAUUAUGAAACCAGAAUGAAGAUGUGAUGGAGCGCUGGCACGCAGGAAACGGAACAAAACAGGAAGAAAAUACAAAAAAACCCCCCAACAACUCCAACUGAAACACCCGAACACGAUAUAUUACACAUGAACUCCUGUAUCUUGUGAACAUCUGUCGGACCGCCGACUGUGCCCCCCCCUUGAAGCCCGGCUCCCCUGCCGCUCCUCCUCCUGGCCUCCAUAAAAGCCUCUUUUUAAACCCCACUUUUUUUCCCCCUUUUUUUUUGUGCAGGCAACAAAACCCCCCCCCCAAAAACCGGAGCGGUGAGUUUAGGUGAAAGAAAUCUGUCUGGAUGCCAACAUCAACUGCUUUGAUCUUCUCCCUCUUUUUUUUUUUCUUCCCUGUAUUAAAAAAAUAAAAUUAAUUUUAGAAUCACCAGAGGCAUGUUCUUUGAAAACUUAUGAUCCUCUGCAAUCAAGGACACACAGCACAGUUUCCCCCCCAAAAAACUGAGACACCGGGGACAGAAUAUUAAAAGAGACGAGAGAAGGAUUUAAAAGGUUGUGUACAUCUCGCAGGGAAUAAAAUAAAUAAAUAAAGACAAUGUCAGCUGAAAAACACCUGCUGCUGAAUAAACAGACGGUUCCGACCAGCAGAGGGCGACGUUGUUCCUGUCAGUCUGAAUAAUCGAGGCGUCAUCAGCUGUGAAGGACAUCAAUUCAAGUACUUUAAGUUCAUUUCUAACAUAACAUAACACAAGCUGGAUUUAUUAUUAAACACUGUGCAGCUGAAAGCACGUCGACACUCCUGCUUUUUUACUUUUGUGUGUUUUGUGUCUGGUGGCUGUUCUUCAUGGCAUCGUUGUCUUUGUAGGCAUUAUUCACAUGCCUGUUCGAACAGCUGCAACAAAGAAUAAUAAAAACUGUGCUGAUAAAUACUGUAAAAUGAG